CUCUCUUGUAUAUCUGCGGGAUAUGGUUUUAGGGUUAGGGCUAAGCUAUCCGGAAAGAGUCCCGCCAAGACAAUCCCAGCUCCAGUCCAGAUCUUGUAAGUUAUUAUUAGUUUAUUCCAACCGGCGAAGCUUGUCAUUCCAAGGCCAAUGAGCGGCACCUUUAGAGCUGCCAGCGGGUGGUAAUGAUAUGUUAACCAAACAUUUACCAUCACUCCACAUACUAUAGGGAGUAGCAUGGGAGCAGCAAAGCCCUCACGCGCGGCGAAACGCGCUCCCUCACCGCCGCCCUUACCCUCGAAAACAUUCAUCAUCGACAAUGGCGCAUAUACCAUGAAAGCUGGCUAUGCGCCUGACCAACCGAGCGCUGAACCUCCCCUAAACUCAUGUCUGGUGAUCCCCAAUGCACUGGCUAGAACGCGCGACAAACGCGUCUACAUCGGCGCCCAGCUGUCAACGCAUAUUUCGGACUGGAAUGAGGCCACAUUUCGUCGCCCUGUCGAGAAAGGUUAUGUGGUUAGCUGGGAAGCGGAGAAGGAAAUCUGGGACCAUACUUUUUUUGAUGACGGGACGGCGCGGAAACCGGAGUUGCGAUGUGCAGAUCCGGAGAAUACGACUUUGAUUUUUACGGAGGCCCCGAAUGCGAUGGCUGCGUUGCAGAAGAAUGCGGAUGAGAUUAUUAUGGAGGAGUGGGGAUUUGGAGGAUAUUUGAGAUGCAUUGGACCAACGCUCAAUGCUUGGAAUGAACUCCAUGCUCUAUUCGGCGACCCGGUGACCUCAGACCCAAACUCCACUAUUUUUCCCGUUGAAUGUCUUCUAGUUAUUGAUUCCGGAUAUUCGCAUACGACUGUCACUCCUGUCUACAAAGGAUACCCACUGCAACGAGGCAUCAGACGAUUAGAGAUUGGCGGGAAAUAUCUUACGAAUUUCCUCAAGGAGCUCGUGUCCAUUCGACAGUACAACAUGCUCGAUGAGACGCACAUAAUAAACGAGGUCAAGGAAGCCGCCUGUUUUGUCAGCAACGAUUUCGCUGCAGACAUCGAACGAACCUGGAAAGGGAACCGAAAGCGAAAAGCCGAUGAUCAUGAGACUGGCGCGGGAGAAGGGAUCGUUGUAGACUACGUUCUUCCUGACCCAAAUGCCCACAAGAAAGGUUUCGUACGCCCACAUGAGAGCCUUACAGCGGCCAAGAAGAAGAAAGAACUUCUCUCCGGCGCUUCGGGUACAAUGGCGGAAGAUGUCUUGGUGCUUGGAAACGAGCGGUUCACUGUCCCCGAAAUACUAUUCAAUCCUGGAGACAUUGGGAUGAAACAGAUGGGGAUUCCUGAAAUUGUAAUGCAGUCACUAUCCGUGCUUCCAACCGGUCUACAUCCUGCAUUUUGGGCAAACAUUAUGGUGGUUGGCGGCAAUUCAUUGAUUCCGGGCUUUAUGGAACGACUAGAAACUGAGCUCCGCAAACUUGCCUCAGCCGAAUGUGUCGUGCGCGUCAAGCGGCCAGAUGACGCCAUACGUUCUACUUGGCUGGGGGCGGCUAGAUUUGCAAGCAACAGGGAGGCAUUAAAAGAAGUUGCUAUUACCCGCCAACAAUACCAGGAAUACGGCUCAGCCUGGGCGGGAAGGAGGUUUUCCGGAACCUAAGCCGCAUGCUGGUGCACAAGCAGGAAUUAUAUACGGGCGGGCGUUUUGUUUGUAGCGCUUCUUGGCCAAUUAUGAGCGGCUCAGGCCUUGUGUGAGGUGUUGGCGUGAAGUAAAUGUACCAUGCCCACUACUCAGGAAAUGGGUGAAUUGCUCCUAUUUGAUCCCCGCGAUAUGCACUGCAAUUGGAGGGGACAUCGACUUCGCCUGGGCUGCGAGUGAUAGGCAGUGCGCCCACCUCCGGAUAGACACCAGGGUCACCACGUCGAAAAUCUGAUGAUAUUUGCGCGCUCGGAUUUUCUCUACCAGAGAACCUCCAGUGCUUCUCUGGACACUGGAGAAGGCGUUGUGUCCUUUGAAACCACCCACCAAUUGUUUGGUGAUGGUGUUGGAUCGAGAUAAUCCCGGCUAUGGUAGAUGUCAUCAAUAUCUUGUAAGCUAGGGGCCAUAUCCAUUGAGAGAGAGAGAGCUCAUCCCUAGAACCAAGGAGGGAUAAAGGGAAGCUCCUGAUUGAUCGCAUGAUCUCUAAUAUGCCAGCGGCAGUUGCGCGAGUCUAGUCAGUGAAGCAGCGUUUAUUAUCAUGAAUGGGAUUUCUUUUCCUUCCCGUUUAAGCUCGCAGGAUGUGGGAUUUCGAGGCGGACAUGGCGUUCUAGUCUUUAAAUUUGUGAGACUUCUCUCGAGUGCCUAGGGGAGAUUUUACACUAUCUAGAAGAUUACCUUUGAAGAUAAUUGUGGCGGGUGGAUUCAGAUAGAUGAAUAUCAAGCACAUUCGAUACUUUUUUUUUGGUUCUCCAAUUAUUUCCCUGUGAUGGUAGCCGCCGCAUUUAUCUACUUCCUAUUACCCGGUCAAGUACAUGUACAUACAUUUUGGGUGAUAAACAAGUGGGCAAGUAAGUUUCUCGUAUACCUUGCCUGGCUCUAUUUCUAUUCUUUUUUAUUUCUAAUCGUCUACGCAAGGGGUGAGGCUCGACUCCUCUGCUGGACGGGUCUAAGCCAACCAAGCAGUCACAUCAUGCGAGUAAACGUCAAGCCAUUAUCCCAACAACCGACUCUGCCUUUCCAAAAACAACACUUUUGCCCGAUCCUCCUCGAAAGUCAAUCGCUUUUCUGCCAUGACAAUCUCCAACUCAAUCGGUCCCUCUCGCAAAAUCCACUUCUCAUUACGACUUUCGCCAGCAUCGUCAGCAUCUCCCUGUGACUGCGGUGCUAACACCUGUUCAUACCACAGAUGUUGACCAUAGGACUUUCGAAGCGUCUGCACCAUCAUCACUUCUACAGAACACCAGGCGCGGUGGUGGUAAAGGUCAUCGAAGAGGCUGAUUACGGCGUCACAUUGGACGAGAAUCAUUGGUAAGGCGGAGACCCCCGGCGCAGGGUUUUCUUGGUCGAUGCAGGCGUGGUCCUGCACAGGGGAGAGGGAAGCAAAGAGUUAGAGAGGGUGAAUAAUUGAAGGAAGAUGUGAUGACGGAUUGGGUUGACUUACUACCCAGAUCCCCAAUUUCUCCAUUUCCACCGAGGGAUGGAGUUUGAGAAACUGCUCGGCUGCGGCUAUCAUUCGACGAUAUUGCAUGUUAUCGAUGUCGUCUGGUGAAGAAGCGUUUGGUUCCCUAUUGAUCCAUCUGUAUGAGAAGAAAAUGACAAAGUCCGCUGUACCGAUUCGAUCAUUCCCAUUAGGUCUUGACAUGAACUCCCGCGCCAAUUUGUCGCUUGAUCGAGGGAGUUUUCCAAACUUUAAAAAGUCCAGGAAUCUCAUGAAUUUGAGACCAUCGAACAUUCGUCGUUUCUCAUCGUCAGCUGCGAGCUCGUUCGCGUACAUAUGCCGUAAUGACUGCAAACCUCCGCCGCUGAGGAGCGCAGGCCGCAUCUUUUCUUGAAAUAACUCCCGGUAACCUUUCCGAAUCCUCGCCUCCACCUGGAGCUCGUUAAGUUCGUUUUCUACGUCUCCUUCGAGCUUCCGGCGAAGCCCUUCCAGUACCAAAGCUUCAGUUUCUACAUCGCCGUUGAAAACGGCGUAAUCCAAUGCUGUAUAUCCCUGUUCGUCGACCAAGUCCAUGUCCGCACCCACGUCAACCAGUUCUCGUAAAUAUUGACGGUGCUCUUCGGAGGGCUCUUUGCACAGUGCCAUAGCAGGUGUGCACGUCAUCCAUGGAUUAAACUGCUUCAGAGCUUCGUCAAGUUGUUGAUCUAGAAGCAACGCCCGGCCAUAGAAAAAACGAGACAUGGCGACCACCGUUGAAUCUUCUGAGCGGCUGCUGAGGUUUAAUGACUCUAAUGAUGUCGCAAUGGCCUGUUUGGCAUCUCUUUUCGCCGCAUAGCAGAGUGAAAGGCGAGAUAGGCCGAUUGACUCCCAAGUCGUUGCAAUUUUUGACAACUCCAAUUUUAUGUUCAGGUCAAAUGAUUGAGACUGGAUGGUUUCUUUGAUAUGCCGAGCACUGCGGACGCGCUCAUUAAGCUGAGCGAUGGCCAUCUCUAACAGUGCUUCGUCACCGUUCUGCUGGGAAAGUUGGUAAUUGAUCAUACCUAAAUUCCCGACCGCACGACACAUCGCAUGAUCAAACUGCAGCUGCUUUGCUGUGUCAUAUUGAACCUGGAAUGCAUGCCUCGCUUCCUCAAGACGAUUCAUAUGCCGAUAUAUCACGCCUAGCUCACCACUGAACUCUACGCGCUGGAGGCUAGAUCCCAUUUCUUCAACCGCCUGUUCCAGCAUUUCCUUGGCCUUCUCAUACCUCCCAAACCGCCUGUUGGUGUUCCCAAGCUCCCCUAGUACUAGAUGCCGAUAAGAUGCCAAGCCUGAAAAGUAUUCUGUAGAUUGGCACAUGUUAAGAGCGCUGUUAAACUCCCGUAGCGCGUGCUCCCACUCAGCACGCCGUGCAUGUUGUCGCCCCUGAUCCAUGAACAUCUCCCAUUCGCGGACAGCAUUAACCAUGUUUGCAAGAGCGGUCGAAGUAACACCAGAGGCAUCACGCAACUGGGUCUUUGAUUCGACAUCCUUGGGACCCAGCACCCGAGCAUCUUUCAUGAAUCCACGGUGAGAAUCGAAGAAAAAAAGUGUAGCAUGGAAUGCGUCAGGCAAUACUUCUGUGCUGUGAAAUGCGGCUUCUGGAAUAGUGUACGUCGCGUCACGGUGGUGAACUGCCACUUCCUUUGGCGAGGCAUGCAUCAACACUCGUGUGUUCGUAAUGGUGGAUGAUGCCUGAUGUGUUUUAUAUGCUCUGUCCGUAUUCCUCCCGUCAUUCCAGGAGAGUUCAUACGCUGCGUGGGUGCCCUCCGCAGAAGUUGCAACUGGUUUGACAUUGUAUGAAUGAUUCUUUCCCUCACCAGCUAGUAUCCAGCUCUGGGCGAAAGGCUGGUGAGAAUGGAUUGCAAAUUCGGGAUCUCCACGUUGCCCAUCCGGCAGCCAUACGUGGAGCCGAAACAGCUCAACAAUGUGUCCUUCCUCCACCAAGCUGCAGAGCGGAACGGCCAGGAAACCCUGUGCGCUCCUCGAUACGCUACCCAGAGGCCGGGCGAGGAGUGGACUAGUAAGCGCUCCAUGAAUCAGAUCCCAUGCCAGCGCUAGAUCGAUGAGGGGAACCUCCCCCCUGGCUCGUCGAGACUUUUCACGUAGAAAUGUGACGCCGAGAGUUAAGUUGGCUAUGUGUAGCAGCUCGUCCUCUUUUAGGAAAUUGGUAACAAUGCCCUCAUUCCAAUCGCCAAAGGAAAGAGAAUCUGUCG